CGGUUGAGUUAGUCAGUGAGCAGCAGAGAGUCGCAGCCAGUCAGUGUGGCAGCUGGGAAUGUUUCAACCAACACCAGGACCGCUAUUUUCAGGACUGGGAACCGUAGCGGGGCUGUCCAGAAAGAAGACUCUCUACCCUCUCCUUUAGCCAGCACACUGGCGUGAUUUGAAGUCCCAAAAACGGUGCAACUUGCGGUGUUUUCUGUCUUAUUGCCGGGCACCGCAUCAGCUUUUUGGUGGUGCGGAGCUGCAUGCUAGAGAGAGAGGAGGAGAAACCAGCCGGAGCAUCGUGUUUAUAUCCUCCUCUGCUGCUCUGCUAACACCUCACCUCCUGCCUGGUUAAGCACCCCUCGUUUUGUCAGUAUUAUCUGGUGAAACGCUCGGUUAAAUGUGUCUGUUUCACCGCUACCAGACGCCUCACAUCAACGACGAUGGAGUGACGAGAGGUCGAGCGACUCCACAACCUGCCCAGAGCUCGUGCAUGUAAACACAUACUAAUAAAUGAUAGAGGAUACCAUGACCCUUCUGUCUCUGCUAGGUCGGAUCAUGCGUUAUUUCCUGCUCAGACCGGAGACCUUGUUCCUGCUGUGCAUCAGCCUGGCUCUGUGGAGUUACUUCUUCCACACGGACGAGGUGAAGACCAUCGUGAAGUCGAGCCGCGACGCCGUGAAGAUGGUGAAGGGGAAAGUGGCGGAGAUGAUGCAGAACGAGCGCUUCGGGGGGCUGGAUGUCCUGGACGCGGAGUUCUCCAAGACCUGGGAGUUCAAGAGCCACAACGUGGCCGUGUACUCCAUCCAGGGCCGGAGAGACCACAUGGAGGACCGGUUCGAGGUGCUCUCCGACGUCGUCAACAAGAGCCACCCGUCGAUAUUUGGGAUUUUUGAUGGGCAUGGAGGAGAGGCUGCUGCUGACUUUGCCAAGGCCCACCUGCCUGAGGCGCUCCGCCAGCAGCUACUGGCCUACGAACGGGAUAGAGAGCGAGACAGAGAAAAAGACAAAGAGAAAGACGAAAAAAAGGAGAGGGGCGGCCCGUCCUAUUCUUCCAUCCUGGAAAAGCAGAUCCUGACGUUAGACAGAGAGAUGCUGGACAAGCUCUCUGCCACCUACAAUGAAGCAGGUACUACGUGUCUGGUGGCCCUGCUGUCUGAUAAGGAGUUGACGGUGGCCAACGUCGGAGACUCACGUGGAGUUCUUUGCGAUAAAGACGGCAACGCCAUUCCCCUGUCGCACGACCACAAACCUUACCAGCUCAAAGAACGCAAGAGGAUCAAGAAGGCCGGCGGGUUCAUCAGCUUCAACGGCUCGUGGCGCGUCCAGGGCAUCCUGGCCAUGUCCCGUUCUUUGGGCGAUUACCCCCUGAAGAACCUCAACGUGGUCAUUCCCGAUCCUGACAUCAUGUCGUUCGACCUGAACAAGCUGCAGCCGGAGUUCAUGAUCCUGGCGUCGGACGGCCUGUGGGACACCUUCAGCAACGAGGAGGCGGUUCGCUUCAUCAGGGAACGACUGGGCGAGCCUCAUUUCGGCGCCAAGAGCAUAGUCCUCCAGUCCUUCUACCGCGGUUGCCCUGACAACAUCACCGUCAUGGUGGUCAAGUUCAAAGGCAAGGCCAGCGAGCAGUAGACCAGACACCUAGUAUCUAUAUUAUGUUUGAAUAAAAGUAAGAAUAAAAUAGGUUUAAGAUGAAAGAUUUAAAAACUGAGCCCCGACUUUUUGAGCGAGAACUUUCUAUUACAGAUAUUUACAUAAGUUAGCAUUUCAGUGCAUCAAAUCACGCCACGUCCCCCCUCCUUUACUUUUACUGCUGAAAAAGUGACACUUGUGAGAAAACGUCUUUCAUUUAGGCUUAGCCAUAUCGUGCAGACACCGUAAUGCAAGCUGGGUCACCGUUAUGCAAAUAAACAGAUUUAGCUUUGUGAAGCUGUGGGUAUACGCCCAUGAGUCUGCACACGUUCGUAUGUAUGUAUGUAUGUGUGUGUGUGUGAGUGUGAGAGGAGAAACAGUGAUAGAUGUCAGUUACCAAUUCAUUGUCUAGUCAAUAAUGAGAAAUUUAAAGUAUACAAGCAAGCAUGGAGUUUCACUUCCACGUCAUUUCUUUUUAAGGUGAUGUCUUUCACUCAGUGUCUACGUGACGUGUAUUUUUUUAUUUUCCUGACUCUGACGUCUACCGAGUGACUGCACUGAAAAGGUUAUUUUUUUUUCCUGGAUCAAAUACACAUCACUGGUGCAAAUAUGAAUUUAUUCCCUUUAUACGUGAACAACACAAUAUGCAUAUGUUUGUUCAAAUAUCACCAUUCAUAAUGUACAGCAAUAUAACCAAUUACAAUGGUCAUAUCACACUUGCUGAACGUGAGGAUGAAGUUGCCCGGUUUUAUAAGUUUAGAUGUUGAAUGUCUUAGUCAUCUGUCAACUGAUUGCUGUUAGUUUCUGUGCUGAUGAAGUCUCAUUUCUGUUUUGAUCGUUGAUAACUUUAAAGAUUUUUUUUCAAACUGAGACUCUAGUUUGAUCCCAAAUCUUAUCAGAAUCCAUGUAACUACUGAUAAUGUAAUAACUGUUGGAUAAUGCAGCGUAGGUGGUCAAACCAAAUCUCAUUUUAAAUGGGUUUAAAAUGUAAUACUUUUAACAUUUUAGAGCAAUACUUUGUGGUGAUAAUGUUGUAACAUCUCAUUGUGAUUCUUAACUGCUGAUUAUUAAUUCACAAGGUCUGUCACAUGUCAUCUGAUAAUAUAAUAACGUUGACUGUUAAUUUAAUCUUGUAAGAAGAAGGUAAUUGAGUUAUCACAUAAAAUAAUUGAAAUGAUAAUUGGCAGUUAUACUUUUAUUGUUAUUUAGGAAUUUAGAUGACCGUGUAAGAUUUACAACCCUUUUAAUAUUUUACAUAUUGACAUGCUGCUUUUCCUUUAUCUGACUUUUCUUACAUUAUCAUUUAAACUAAAAUCGACAUGAUAUAAAUGUACUGAAAUUGACAACUCACUGUUACAAUGUCAUCUGUUAAUGUCAUCUUCAUCUUGACACAGAUCACAUUUCCCUGAACUGUAAACUCAAAAUGUAACAAGCCUUUGAAUGAAACACAUUAUUGUUGCCUUAUUUUUUUAACCGUUAAUUUCCUGUUAUGAAGUCUGCUGCCAAAACUACUUCUCGGUUUUUAAUGUAAUGCAGUCGAUCAUGCCAUGCACACUGCACGACCUCGGUGUCAUACCUUGUUAGCUCCCGUGUAGAAUAGCAUCGUUGAGAGAAAAUGUCUCCAAGAGACAUGAAAUUGUAAGAUGAAUGUACAUACUGUCCUCAUGUUAGUAUCACCCCUCCACUGUUUAUACUGCAACGAAGAAAGCAAUGCGCCUGUUCCUGGAUUGUUUAACUUCAGAGAUACUAUAUAUCAGAUAAAACUGUCUGUUUGUGCUUUUUCAGUUCACAUUCUCCCUUGAUAAUGUACCUUACAGAGUGUUUAUGUGGCAUUUGUACUUGUUUUUGUUGACUUUAAUAAACUGUAAAAAAAUGAAAUAAUUCUGAAAUUUUAAAAUGUAAAUCAGAAAGGUAACAUUAAAAUGAUAUAUGAUCAUU